UAUUGAUUUUUGCAUAAAAGUAGCUGUCAAGGAAUAUUUGGUUUCCUGUCUGUACGGAAAACGUACUUGCUUUCCCUCUUUCUCUUUGUGUUAAACAGACCAUAAAACAACCGCGUGAAUAUUUGUUUAAGAGAUUUUAUCUUGUGGUGAGAACCAAGAUGUUGAGAGUGAGAAAGAUCGUCAGGCAUCCAAAACUGAGGAGAUUCUGGACGAAAUGGCGGAUUCUUAUGUGGAAAGCUGUGCUUAUGCGGUUGCAUAGCCGGAUAACCACUGCCCUAGAAAUAAUUAUAGCCAUUGUUUUUUCGUUACAGAUACGUUUAAUGUUUGAGUCACAUGCUCUUCAUUCGCAGGAUUUAGAUCGAUAUAGUCGCAACGAUAUCCUGGCAAAAUUGCCAGAUGACGUGCAAUGCUGGUAUGCACCGAGAAAUACAUUUGUAGAUGAGUUAAUGCUAAAAGCUGCGAAAAUGCUUCGUACAAAUAUUCAAGCAGCCGAUAGCGAAAUUAACCUAGUGCAUUCACGUUACGCGAAAAAUGACACGUCCAAGGUACUAUGGGCGAUAUUUGAGAUUAAUAAGCUUGCAUCUGAAAAGCCGAAAAUCCUGGAAUAUAAAAUACGUUCGUCUGAAAUAGGCGAGAAUCGAAUGAUUAUGAUGCACGACGAAGAGCCUGUCCAUAAAGAUCCAUAUAUAUUAAGUGGUUUUAUGGCACUACAAAUCGCGAUUGAGAAAUCCUUCGUAGAAAUGUGGACAGAUCCGACACUACCGAGGAUCGCUGAUAAUUUAACUAUAGGUCGAUUUCCAUUUUACAAAGUCAAUUUCUUAAUCUUGCCAUAUGUCAUUCGACCCAACAUAAACAUAAUCUAUUACAUAAUGGUUAUUGCCUUCGUUUUGCUGCCAGUAGCAACAUUAAAAAAAGCUCUCCAUGAUAAAGAAACCGGAUUCCGAGGUCUUAUGAGAUUAACAAAUAUGUCUUUCGCAAUGUUAUAUGUCGGAUGGCUCAAUUAUCUUAUGAUCAUUUUGUUACCCGUGUCGAUCGCAUGCACGAUCCUCCUGUCACAUGUGUUUUCAUCCGCAAACGCGCUAGUCAUCGCUAUAUUUAUUAUAAUGUAUAAUAUACUCUCAACGCUUUUCAUGUUCACCAUCGGCACAUUUUUCAAUCAUUCUACGAAAGCAUUGCUUACUUCGGUUUUAUUUUGGCUCUUCCUGACACACUUCACUAUUGUUCUGGACCAAUUCUUGGUAGGAGAAUCUAUCUUGUGGAAGAUCAGUUCGCUGCUUCUGCCGCAUAAUGGUUUGCUUUAUGGGAUAGUAGCCUUCACGAUUCGCACGGAUUUCGAUGAAAGCAAAGAUUCGAGAAGCAUCUGGCAAAAAAUAAAACCGCGCAAUUACACUAGUCCUACCUCGUAUUUGUGGCCGCGAUGGCUUUCUGAAUCGAUAACGCUACGAGAUGUCCACGAUGUCAUUCAUGCCGCAAAAGAAAUUCCUAUUGGCGUAGUUCUAUUUGCCUGGAUGUUGCAUAUUAUUUUCUGGUUUCUACUAGCGGUAUACUUGGAUAAUGUUAACCCGGGGAAAUUUGGCAGCGCUAAACCCUGGUACUAUUUAUUCAAAAAACCUAUUCAUGAUAAUGAUGAUUUAACGAUCCGAGGAUCAACUAAUUGGUCGGCAGUGGAACAUACACCAUCGUACAUAAAGUCGUCUGUUCGAGUGAGGUGUGUUCGAAAGGAAUUCGGCAAAAUUGGCGAACGCAUUACAGCUAUAAACGAUAUAACAAUCGACUUUUAUCAUCAAGAAUUCAGUGUCAUUCUGGGUCACAAUGGCUCCGGCAAAAGCUGUUUGUUAAAGAUAAUUAUUGGAAUGUACAAACCGACUCAUGGCCACGUUUACUUGGAGAACGGAAAUUCAACACAUCCGAUUGGUUAUUGUCCGCAGGAAAAUAUAUUGGUAAAUUAUUUCACGACAGUGCAGCAUCUUUAUAUAUUUGGCAUGAUAAAAGGAAUGACUUAUAAGGAUGCUUAUAGAGAAUCUUUAAAAUUGUUGAAACAGCUCGAUUUAGAGUAUGUAAAGGAUACAAAAAUGAAAUCUUGCUCCUUUAGUGCGAAAAGAAGAAUUUGUUUAGCAAUGGCACUUAUUGGCAACACUGAGAUUCUCAUCCUCGACGAACCUACAUACAGUAUUGAUCCUGAGCACAAACGACAGAUAUGGGAUUUACUUUUGGAUAUAAAAAGACAUAAAACGAUAUUAAUGGCAACGAAUUCCAUGGAAGCUGCAGAUUUUCUUGCCGAUAGAAUCGCUAUUAUUGCAAACGGAAGGAUAGAAUGUUAUGGUUCAAAAAUGUAUCUGAAUCGUCGAUAUGGGAUCGGUUAUGUUCUAAGUUUAUUGGUGCAAGAGGAUUGCAACGUGAAGCAAAUUCAUAUGGAAAUACAAGAAUUUUCGGCAGAUCCAAUUACUUUACGAAGUAUAAUGGGUUUAGUAAUAAGAUUUGACGUGCCAAGAAAUAGUCGAUUCACUAAAUUGCUCCAACAUUUAGAAUUCAACAAAGAAGAAUUGAAAAUUGUAUCGAUUACAUUAAGUGCUGCUAGCAUCGAAGGUCAAUUUCUUAGAAUAAGUUUAGAAAGUCAAUUUAAGGAACGCGGCGUGAAAUUACCUAGCGACAAAUACGAACUUCUUGUGCAACAGAGGCGACGACACUUAUUGCAAACAGCUGAACCAUGGAAGCGAUUGACUGGUGACGCUUUAUGGCGGCAGCAAGUUUUCGCAAUGUUCUACAAGAAAUUAUUGCACAUCGCUUCGUCCUGGAAAAUAUAUGCGUUUUUCAUAAUCUUGGCGAUUAUUACUCUCACUCUGACCACUAUGAUCUCCGAGUUGAGCAGUUUCACAGUCUUCGACACGACUAAGCAAGUAAUGAAUCUAACGAGCUACAUGGACAAUAAUUUUCACGUGCUAUAUUACGCAGCCGAUGACAAAUCCAUGAGAGAUUUUCUCGUAACGUUAUACAUUACUAGUCAAGCGUACAGUGAGAGGCAUAAUUAUCAUAUCUCCAAAAACAUUCCAGCCACGGAUCUUAUGGUUCAGCCUAACUGGCACUCGAUAGAGCAGUUUAGGGAUCGUUACGUGAUGUCUAUCGACGUACACACAGAUGGACGCGUACAACUUAUGUAUUCGUCCAUUGCAAUACAUAGUGGGCCAAUUGCAUUAAAUUUACUGCACAAUGCGUUACUGCGUUACCAUUGCGGUUCGGACAAUUGUUGGAUAAAAUUGACUAGUCGACCGUUAAUUUAUCCGGGGCAGUGGCAACAUUUGUUGGUCCAUCCACGCAGCAUACGAAACUGGGAAAAUGCCGCUAUAAUAAUAACUUUGUUCCUUCUUCUACCCUCUAUCGACAUGGGUAUACGAGAACAAAAUACACGCUCAAAAAUGCUGCAAAUUAAUACGAUCGGUAUGUCUACAAAGAUUUAUUGGAUUCCGAUGUAUAUUAUUGAUUUCCUUCUGUAUGCGGUCUCUAUAAUACUCUUUGGCAUUACUAUCUUAAGUAUCUAUCGCCGCACAGUACACUUCUCAAAUUUAGAAAUCGUUCAAGUGCUAAUGAUAUUCCUAUGUUACGGAGGGUGCGCCAUUCCAUUAGGUUAUUUCAUACAACUCUUCACAAAAAAACCGGAAAAUGCGUACCUAAUCAUAAUAUUGAUCAAUAUCGUAGCCAUGUUAUUGGUGAAUAGCUCUAUUAUAUUUCCAUUGGUAUUUCAUGCACUCGGCAGCACCGAAAGAUACGUAUUCGAAGCUGUCAUACAUAUAUUUCCACCAUACGUUCUAGCUUGUGCUUUAAGCAAUUAUAUUAUGCUGAAUUUAUAUAACAGACAAUGCAGCUAUUUCAAUACCUGCAAUACAGAAUUUUAUAUUGAGGAUUCAUGUUGUCAAAAUUGUAAAAACAAAGGUUGUUAUAAACAAUUGGACAUGAUGCUGAUUAAACAAUCCGGCUUCGAAUAUAAUCACUCGGUCAUAGACGACAUACUUUUAAUGGUAUCCCAAAUGUUUGCCUUUUACAUACUGCUGGAGAUUUUUGAAGAAAAAAAUCGUAGAAAAUGGUAUAGUUAUUUUAUGCCUCCUGUGAAAGACGAUGAUAUUGUAGAGACGGAAGUUAUGCAGGAAAAGAAGCAAGUCGAGGAAUAUAUGAAACAUUAUAAUGAAACAAAAUUGCUUCCAUCGCGAGUUGCUCUCGUUGUCCAAAAUUUGACAAAAGAAUACGCUGGCAAGGCUGUGGUUCAAGAAAUCAAUUUUAGUAUCUACAACCAAGAGUGUUUCGGUUUGUUAGGAUUUAACGGUGCGGGAAAAUCAACAAUAUAUAAAAUGUUGGUAGGUCAGACAAAGAUGUCAGCUGGAAGGGCAGUGAUAUAUGGAUACGAAUUCACAAGAGAUCAAGAGAUGUUUGUAGGUAUGAUAGGAUACUGCCCACAAAUUGAUGGACUAAACGAUUUUAUGACAGGAAGACAAUACUUGCAACUUUACGCGGCACUUCGCGGUGUUCCAUACGAGCACAUCAACGACGAAGUGAACAAAUGGCUGGAUGUAUUAGGUAUAAAAAAAUAUAUGUUAGAUUUUGAAAAUCUGAAAAUCGCCCAUUAUCCUUGGGGAAUUCAAAGAAAACUUUGCAUACUGCAAAGUUUUAUCGGCGAUUUACCGAUGGUAUUUAUGGACGAGCCUUCCGCCGGAAUUGACAUAAUGACCAGACACGCAAUCUGCGAAAUUUUGCAUCAGAUACGGGAAAUGGGAAGAUCUGUAUUAAUUACUACACACAGUAUGCAAGAAGCAGAAGCGAUGUGUUUGCGCGUAGGUAUUUUGGUUAACGGCCAGUUUACCGCAAUUGGAUCUUGCGAGUAUCUAAGAGCAAUAUAUGGCCGUAACUUUAUAUUGAAUAUUAAAAUAAUACCAGGAUACCAACUUGCGAAUCUUGAGAAAAUUAAGAAAAUCAUUGACGAAUUCUUUCCAGCAAUAAAAUUCAAGGACAGUUAUUUGGGUGUUCUUAAAUACGAAUUUGAAAGUGGCAUUUCGUACAGUUAUGUGUUUGAUAAACUCGAAAAGCUAAGACAAAAAUAUGUGUGGAUCACGGACUUCACUAUUGCUCAACCGUCAAUGAAUGAAGUAUUUCUAACUUUAGCAAAGAAGCAAAGAGAAACUCGUAAGAAAUUAACACUUUACGAACGUCUACGUUCGUGGAUUAUACGUGUUAUGCGUCAAAUAAAUUUUACUGCCACAUAAUAAUUCUUUGUACAUAUAUAUAACUAUGUGCAUGUUUU